AUGUCGCAUCACGAAACGUCCAUUUCCCCUCACGACCGCCAUCGUCAUCGCCGUCGGCACCAUGACCACGAUCGCAGCAACCACCCAGUUUCCAUAAGGGCCGACUCUCGAUCACGUUCACCCACCAGAGAGGGUAGCUGCGAUGGCCGACAUAGAUAUCGCCGCAGCAGGCAAGAGGACGCCAGAUCGCACCGACAGCAACAGUCAUCUGAAGGCCCAGCAGCCGUGCUACCACUAGGUGCUGUACCGCUUUCAAAGCGCGAUUUAUCACGGUAUAAGGCAAUGUUUGGAACAUAUUUGGAUAUCCAGAAAGGCAUUUAUAUAGAUGACCUUGACGAUCGUGAGCUUAGGGGAAGGUGGAAGAGCUUUGUUGGAAAAUGGAACCGGGGUGAACUUGCAGAAGGAUGGUACGACCCAGCAACGCUUAAGAAAGCGCUGGAAGGAGCAUAUAGUCGCAGUUCUCCUGAUACCACCGUCCACGACCCUCGGGGGAGACGAGCUUCCGCUUCGUAUAAGGAGGAACAGCAGAACGCUGCUCCCAACGAAUAUCAUCAACAGGGAGAGCAAGACAAGGGGGAAGAAGACGAGGAAGAGGAGGAAGAGUCUUAUGGGCCACAAGCGCCAUCUUCUCACCGUCAACUGUCGGGCUAUCGGCCUGGUCCGAAAAUUCCAACUCUAGCGGAUCUUACUAUCAAACGAGAAGAUGAACAAUUUGAUCUCGAACAAGCCCGUAAAGCCAACAAAGCCAUUCGCAAACAAGAACUCAGCUCUCAUAAAAGCGAACUCCGCAAGAUAGAGGACGAGAUUGCACCGCGAGCAGAACCAGGGUCCCGAGAACGGCUUCUGGAAAAGAAACGAGAGAAAUCAGCGUCGAAUCGCCAGUUCGCCGAGGCUCGUCGCGGUGGUUCACCCGUUGAAGCAGUUGCGGAUGCGGAUCUUAUGGGAGGAGCGGAAGGGGAGGACGGAUUUAAGAAACUGAAAGAGAAGCAAAUGCGAAAGAAGAAUGAGCGGGAGCUAAGGAAAGAGGAAAUUUUGAGAGCCAGGGCUGAAGAAAGAGAAAUUCGACUUCGGUCAUAUCGGCGCAAGGAGGACGAGACCAUGGACUACCUCCGCGCCAUCGCUCAAGAAAGAUUUGGAUAG